CCACGGGCGGAAGCCACGCGGAGCCGGAGCCUGUCAGCGUGCGAUUGGGCCCUGUGGAUCUACCCCGACUCCAACUCCGAGAGCCCACCCUAGCCCGCUCCUCCCGACGACCUAGCGCCGCCGCCCCAUCCUGCCUGCCUGCCGCCGCCGCCGCGCACCGGGCUCCAACCUCGUACAGCCGCCGGUACUCCGCUGCCGCCUCUAUCCUCCGUCCGCCGGCAACUCCUCGCGCGGAGAACAGAAGAUGCCAGAAGCCGAGUGGAAUGAUGAACACACCAGAGUUAUCUGUGAACUCUUUGCUGAGCAAGUUCAGGCUGGAAAUCGACCAAAUACCCAUCUCAAAAAUAUUGGUUACAGUGUAGUUGCAGAUAAGUUUGAGCAAAGGACAGGGUUACUUUAUACAAAGUUACAACUUAAGAACAAAUGGGAUAAACUCAAGAGCGACUACAUCAACUGGAAGAAAUUACUCAUAAAGGGGGCAAAUUUAGGUUGGGACAAUGAAAGACGAACAAUUGCAGCCGACAGUGAUUGGUGGAAAAACACAUUUAAAGAUUUGCCGGGUGCAAAGAAGUUCCGCAAAGCUGGACUUCGGAAUGAAAAUUAUUUGAAAGUGAUAUUUGAAGACAUUACCAGUGUCGAUCAAUCAUCAGCGGCAGCAGGUAGUUUGCCAUCUACUUCGGAUGGCAUCGUGAAUGUUGAUAAUCUUGAUGGAUCAGAUAACAAUGUUGGAGAUAAUGAUGGCACUCAGCCAGACCAUGACGAUGGUGCUCUAACAGUCCGUAAUGGUGGCAUUCUGCUAGACCAUGAUGGUGGCGUUCUACUAGACCAGGAUGGUGGAGCUCAACCAGUCCAUAAUGGUGGCGUUCUGCUAGACCAUGAUGGUGGAGCUCAACCAGUCCAUAAUGGUGCCGUUCAGUUAGACCAUAAUGGCAUCACUCAGCUAGAACAUGAGCCCCCCUCAAUUAGGAACAAGAAGAGAACUAUUCAUGUUAAUACCAAGGAGAAUAAGAAAAACAAGACUGAAACUGCUUUGCUGAUGCAAGCUCAAUUGAAGCGUAUAGUAGAGUUGGCUGCAGAAGCACAGUCCAUCUUUGAAAAGUUUUCCUCCCAAAUUGACUCUCCAAGAUCUGACAUUCAAGAUGUUAUGACAUUGGUUCGUGAAUGUGGAGCACGGAGUGGAAGUGAUGAAUAUUUCAUCGCAACUGAAUUGUUUGUCAAUGCAGAGCAAAGGCAGAUGUUCUGCACUAUGGAGACAGCUGAGGAGCGUCUUGAAUGGCUUAGACGAAAGUAUAAUGCCAAGUAUAGAGCUUAGAUUAAUGAUUCUUCAUAGUUGGCUUUUUUAUGUUCUGUCAGUAAGCUUUUGUUGUCUUCAGCAUUCAAGACUUAUCUUUUGUUGGAUCCUAACAACAAGUACUAUUUUAUUAGAUACUGACAACAACGACUGCCCCCCUUUGGAUGUAAAUGCUCAUCUGUAAAUUUUCAGCUCAUUUGGUGCCAUUUGUUUUCUGUCAAUUAUUAUGUUGAGCCUUUCAACAUUUUUUUCUAA